AAAAGGUUAUUUUAUUUUGAAACAUCUUGUUUGCAUAUAAGUUGGCAUGAACAGUCAAUAAACAUAUAAAAACGAUAAGCCACAUGAGUUCAGACUGAUGCUCAGUACUUUAGUACUUCUGUUCCUUCGUACUAUUUCACUUUUCAUCUUUACUUCUUCUUUACCAAUUGGGAGCAGGAUGGGGGGGCUUGGGCUAAAAAUGGGUCGAUUGUCCUCUGCUGGUCCAGAAAUGUUGGGCAGAUCCGGUUACACCAAACCCAUAAUUAGGAGUCAGGUUGGUUUUGAGGUUUGCCGUGUGUCAUGAGGCGCUCUACAGAAACUCAGAGGAGCGUCAUCGAUCUACCUGGGCAUUUCUUUGUUUGUUUUUUAACUUGGGGUUACAUUUAUGCCCCCCCCACCACCCCCACCUGUUGAGGUUUGCGGCUCAUUUUUUGCGGUUGGUUGUUGAUUCGGCGUUCCCCUCUGUGGAUGCUGCAGACGCUCGUGUGGUUAAAUCCUACACUUCCUGACAUUCCAAACUGUCCUGUGAUGUUCAACAUCAUUUUAACCUGAGAUGUCAGCCUCCGAAUCUCUUCAUGAUUCUUUCACUUCUACUUGAGACAAAUUCCAGAAACGAAAAUGUUGUAUUAUUAAAGGUUUUUGCGUUGAGCGGUUUGUUGAUGUGAUUUGGACUUCAGGGCCUCCGUAGAGACAGAUUGUUGUCGCGAUGCUCCGUUUGGAAGCAGAUCUUUUCCAGCAGAUGAGGCCACCUCACGCUGACUCCACCUUCAGUGCUCUUAGCUGUAUAAAGAAGGUAGAUCUCCCUCUCUUUUGCUGUGGCUGUAAGUCUUACCGAGGGCUUUGAGAUCCGAUACCCCCUUCGUCCCGAGAGCUUGAGUCUGCGGACACAGAAGGCCCUCUGUCCCUCUCAGCCCUGGAACAAGACAACUCCGUUCUGCUCCUUCGGACAUGUCCUCUGCAGGCGUGGAGAUCCUCGGGAUGAUCCUGGCGGUGGCGGGCUGGCUGGGGGUGAUGGUGGCCUGCGGCCUGCCCAUGUGGAGGGUGACGGCCUACAUCGGGCAGAACAUCGUCAUCUCUCAGGUCAUCUGGGAAGGCUUGUGGAUGAACUGUUCGGUGCAGAGCACGGGCCAGAUGCACUGCAAGGUGCACGAGUCCAUGCUGGGGCUGCCGGUGGACCUGCAGGCAGCGCGGGCGCUGGUCAUUGUCUCCAUGGUGCUGAGCAUCGCGGGCAUCGGUCUGUCCGUGGCCGGGGCCAAGUGCACCAACUGCAGUGGGGACGAGAGCAGGAAGCCCCGCCUUGUGGGGGCCGCUGGGGUGACCUUCAUGGUGGCGGGGCUGCUUAUGCUGGUAGCCGUGUCCUGGACCGCCCACGCCAUCGUCCAGGGCUUCUACGACCCGCUGUUGCAGGAGACAUCCAAAAGGGAGUUCGGGAACGCGCUGUACUUUGGUUGGGCCGCCUCCUGUUUGCUCAUUGUUGGGGGGGCCCUGCUUUGCUGCUCCUGUCCUUCGAGACCAGCUGCGGCCCCCAGUGGUGGAGCCUCUGCCCCCUCCAGGGUGAACUACUCUGCAGUCAAAGCCAUGUCGACCAGCGGGUACACCCGAAGAGACUACGUUUGAGCGCACCGGGACUCCCAAGUCGUUGAGCUUUUCAUUGUGACCACUUUCUGAAACAGUUUUUAACCUUUUUUAAAUGGAAACACAAUUCAUGAGUACAAUAAAGGUUUUCUUAAAAAGAAAAAACUAAGUUAAUGUGAUUUAUUCCAAGUACAUCAAUGAACAACUUUCUUAUAACUAAAUAAAAGAUGUAUCAGAUGUUUGCUCUCCGGUACGGACAAACGCUAGCUGUGGACUUCAUUGAUGAAAGAGGCUGUUGUGCUAAACGAAGGGAUCUCAUUUCAGCCCAAAAACAGCAACAAUGAGCGACUUGUUUCCACAUAGGAGCUCAUGCCUUUCUGCCAUUACAACCUGUCAGAUAAAAGUCUCCAUCUGCCUGGAGACGUCCAAACGAAGACACAAAGACUCCAUUGAUCACUGCAUUCGGUUUUGCUCCUCUGAGGUUGAACGUUUGCAAAAGUGUCCACGAAAAGACAGCGAGCAGCGACAACAAAAACCAGGAAGAAGGAAAACCGAGUUCCUGUCGAAACUCCUGAGUCUCUGCCGAAAGUCUGUUUGGUCCGCGGCGUUAAUCAGGAGGGAAACUGAUAAGACCUGCCCCCCCCCCCCACUUUGAGCACACAACCGUAUCAGCUCUCUGAACGCACAGGCCCCGACUCCACAAGCAAGACUCAUUACUCUGUCCUCAGAGACCUUUUUAAAUGGCGAAGGCCACAUCCACUACCUCCAUCUUGGUGUCAUUACCAACCAUGAGGUUGUUUACCAUCAUUUCCAUGAAAAAAAAUCUGAAGAUGGAGGACAAAUGUUUGCUGCUUUUGAGUGUCCUCAGGUUCCUGGAAAGCUCAAGCUAAUUUUCAACCGACCAACAUCCAUCAUCCCACAGGGCGAGCUGUUUGACGGUUCUAAGUGGGCUGACUUUCUUCAGACGAUCCCUCAUCCAACAAACAUGCAACACCUUCAGAUCUUUCUGAUAUUUCUUCUAAGCUCACUGUGCUUUUCAAGACAUCGUCAUGCUUUGUAAAAUGUGUAAAACUGGUGACUUGAUUGGUAUUUUCAAGAAUUGUACUAACCGACCAAAAUAACUCCAUGAAGAGGACUAAUUCAGGAUGUUAUAUAAGAUGCAGAAAGAGCAAGGAAAGAAAGUCUCGUCUUGUCUAACUCAGCUUCAGGAUC